GAAUAUUUUUUGAGAAAAAUAUCUUCAACAAAUAAAGUUUAAGUAAUAAGUGAUAGUUAUAUCCAGUUCAUUUUGAAGAUUAACUUUGCUACUUGGUGCAUUAAGCAUGAAUUAUUCACGAUUCAUUACUGCAGUAAGUGCAGCAAGAAAAGCGUCUCCAAUAAGAGUCCUCACUGAAUUGAUGCAGCAAUCUCCCCCAUCUUUAAUUUCUCUGGCUGGAGGAGCACCAAAUCCCAACACGUUUCCUUUCAAAACUGCUACCAUUAUCAUUAAAGAUGAAACAAGAGUUGAAAUCAAAGAAGAGCUGAUGAAGAGAGCUCUCCAGUAUUCUGCUUCAGCAGGCAUUCCAGAACUAUUGUCCUGGUUGAAGGAUUUGCAGAAGACUGUCCAUAACCCUCCAACGGUUGACUACAGUCCUCAGGAAGGACAAAUGGAAAUGUGUAUCACCACUGGAAGCCAAGAAGGGCUAUGUAAAGUGUUUGAAAUGCUCAUUAAUCCUGGAGAUAACGUUCUUUUGGAUGCCCCCACUUACCCUGGGACAUUAGCUGCUCUUAGACCGCUGGGUUGUAACAUAAUCAAUGUGCCCAGUGACCAGCAUGGUAUGAUUCCAAAAGCUUUGAAAGAAGUUCUCUCCAGGUGGGAUCCUGAAGAUGUAAAAAAGCUCAAAAAUGAUACGCCAAAAUUUCUAUAUACAAUUCCUAAUGGUGGCAAUCCAACAGGAGCCUCAUUGACAACAGAACGGAAGAAAGAAAUCUAUCAGCUUGCAAGACAAUAUGAUUUCCUUAUAAUAGAAGAUGAUCCAUAUUAUUUCCUUCAAUUUAAUAAGCCUUGGGCACCAACUUUUCUUUCAAUGGACAUUGAUGGGCGAGUUAUUAGGACUGACUCCUUUUCUAAGAUCCUCUCAUCUGGGCUACGAAUUGGAUUUCUAACUGGUCCCAAGCCAUUAAUUGAUAGAGUUAUUCUACAUAUACAGGUUUCCACAAUGCACACCAGUACCUUCACCCAGCUUAUGAUAGCCGAGCUUCUUCAACAAUGGGGACUGAAUGGUUUCUUGGAUCAUGUAGACAGUGUGGUGGAUUUUUAUAAACAACAGCGAGAUGUGAUGCUUAACGCAGCAGACAAAUGGCUAAAAGGUCUGGCAGACUGGCAUAUCCCUGCUGCUGGAAUGUUUCUAUGGAUUAAGAUUAAGGGAGUUCCUGAUACCCAAGAACUGAUCAUGAAAAAAGCUUUGGAGAAACAAGUGUUGCUGGUCCCUGGAUGUUCAUUUAAUAUUAACAGUUCUGAUCCCAGUUCUCAUGUCAGGGCCUCCUUCUCUCUCUCUUCUCCAAGUCAGAUUGAUCAGGGUUUCCAAAGAUUGGCUGACCUCAUUAAAGAAGCUGCAUGAUUUUAUUAAAUGAAAAAUCCUUAAGAAGCUAGAGGAUUACAAGAUAAAACUUUUAAAAAAUGUUUCUCCGGCUGUACAGAAUAUACAAUGAUACAGAAUAUAUGUGAUAAAGAAUUGUUUAUGUACAUUAACAAUAUCACAAUAUAUGUUAUAAAGAAUUUUAAAAUGUACACUAACAUCUCAAAACAUUGUAUGAAUACAUGCAAAACUUACCUAUUAAUUAGGUUGCCACAAAACUUUACUCAGGUUGAAAUCACCAAAGUUUUAAUACUUUUCAGAUUUCACGGGGAUGCUCUUGUUUUGUCUUAGUAUUCUCCCUGAAGGUAAGCAUUAUACAUUUCAAAAUCAGGCUUAUUUCUGACGAAUUGAUUUAAUUUCUUUUAAUAAUGUUCUGUGUCUUCUAAUACUUGUCAUGGUUCUUUCAGAAAUUCUCUUAAAUCUACUGUAUGUUUUGUAUUAAUAUAUUAUUUUGAAGUUUAAAACAAAAUUAAGUGGAAGAACGUUUUCUGCAAAUGGAAACUUGGAACUCAAGGAAACCACAUUUUUACAUGUAAGAAUGAGCAGAAUUUGAGAAUAGAUUCUCUAAUAUGAGCAACUUUAUUUUUGACCGAUUUAAAUUAAAUACUUCAUUCUAUAAUGGUGUUUAUUUCUUAUAAAUUAAAGGGUGUAUUUGAUGUUGUAGGAAUUCUUGCACAGCAAUGUUUUCCAUGGAAAUCCUGAUCUCCUAUACUUAAAAUUUUGGAUUAAGAAAACAAACCUCCUUCAUUUCAAUGUAUAAAAUUUCAGUGUGUAAAAGCAGGAUAUUUUAUAUUAUUUAUAAAAAAUUAUAUUUACAUUUUACUGAGUUUCCUUCUACUCAGCUAUAAAAUUCCCAUCCUCUGGUCUAGAAAAACAAACACCUAUAUCAAUAAAUAACAUUGUGCCUAUUUUUUCUGAGAGUACAUAGAGCUUUAUUUUCAGGAUGCAUAUUUUAAUACCCAAUAAUUAAAUUAUAGAAGUCAGGUCAUAUAAUACUUAUGAGAAGAGAAAUACUUCCUCCGCCUGGCUAUCGGCCAAGCAAAACUGGCUUAGUUGAAGAGCCAAGAAAAGUCAAAAAUUCUUUUGCACUACCAGUGCAUUUAUUUGUCAUACUUUUUAGUACUUUAAAAUAGAAAUGCUGAUACUUUCAUGAGGAUACUUUUUUUAACAAUUAUGCUUUCUUCUCUAGGAUUACUAGAGAAGAAUACUGAGCC